CGAGAUCGUUAGUGUCAGGAUUCAGAGGUCUUAUGCUCCCUCGUACCCCGCACAAUUGUGUCCAGUUCCAUGCCCACCGCUCUUGUCCCGGAAGCUCAAUAUCGCUCAUUCUUACUCCCCUCUAAAACCCAAAAACAAUUCAUCUCCAUAAAUCACCCACAAUCCUUCGCCCACCAAUACAAAACCGAAAUAAAUUGCAAAAAAAUCAAAAUUUCCCACUUACAUUCAACAAUCACAUUUCACGUCAGUCCCAGUCAGCCUCACACCAUCUCCCCUCGACCAAUUCAACUCUCAAAACAAUUAUAACUAAUUAUUACCCUAAAACAAACGGUAACUUCUGUGUAAUCUUUGGCUGUCAGUAACUGAAUAGUGAGGUUAUGUGCAUUGCUGUGUGAGUCAGUCUGUUGUGAUUGCUGCAGUCGUACAAAAUCUCUGGUCGUACCCCCUUCGUCAAUUACCGUAAUAAAUGAGUAAUAACAAAACGGGAACCCCCGAGAAAAACGACUCAAAGAUGACGAAUUCCCCUGGAGCGAGGAAUAAUCCCCCCGACGACAAAAUAAACCGAAACCCAUCGGAAGUGAAUAAUUCCCCGGCCCUAACCAAAAACGCUGAGGAGGAGAUACUGGACACGGUAGCGAAUUCCUCAGCAAUAUUUAAAAGUCAGCAGAAAGACGAUCCCGAGCUGUCGUUCCUCGAGAAACGAAAAAUAGCGGAGGAUCUGCUGAAAAAAAAUCACCACCAGUUUCUCUCGCGCUUCGGCAAGAGCCUGAAGCCCCAUUUGCUGGAUUACUUCACCGAGAAAUCCGGUGAUUACGAGACUAGUUAUCACGUUGGUAAAUUGAGAAGAUUUUUGAAUGCCGAGACGAGGAGAAUUGACAGGAAGAACCGGAGGUACGAGGCUUGGAAGGAGAUGGUGCAGAAGGGGGAGUAUUUCAGUGAAACGGCGAUGAUGAAGCGAAAUCCACUGCUGUACGAUCACCUGAUCGGGAGAUUUCUCACUGAGGAGGAGAGGAAGGCUCGUGACAACGUGGACACGACGAAUAUCACGUUUGUUAAUUUGCUGUUGGAGGGAAUCGAGAGGGAUGGGGUGAGGGACCUGAGGAGGGCCCAGGAGGAGGCUGAGGAGGAGGUGCUGGAGGAGAGUGAUUCGGAGUCCGAUGAUGGGGGCGAGCGUCCUGGGGGUGGGAAGAAGGGGCAGAAUUGGGGGGAGAUUGAGAGGGAGGUGGGGGCUUACGAGGUGGAGACGAAGGGGAGGAGGAAUUUUGGGAAUUGUCGGGCUGAGGAGAUUGAGAGGGAGGAGCAGCAGGUGCUCAGGCAGGAGUUCGUCAGCCACAUGUACGAGAGCUUCCUCGAGGGGAGAGACACUGACUUUGAUUAUAGUACUGUUGACGAUAACGAGGCGUAUGACAACGUGGAGUUGAGGGAACAGGACGAGGAGGAGAAGUAUUUCGACGCAGAGUCACCGGAAGUCACGACAGACUCACCGGAGAAACGACUGGAGGAGAAUGACGACUCCGAAGAUGAGUUGGAUAAAUAUAUGAGGAGUCUAAAGGAACAGGAGAGUGAAGAGACUACCUGAGAAAAAUGUUUAAAAAAUACUGUAUAA